CCAACGAGCCUAGAUGUGGUGCCUACCAACUGUUCGACCUAAUGUCUCAGAGAUGUUCAAAUGCUCUUCUCUCCAUCGUUUUCAUUCUCCGAGGCUUAAACCACCCACUGCUGCUAGAUUCUCCACCACUUCCUCAUCUCCUUAUCUUCCUCCUCUAUUCAGCGUCGCACCGAUGAUGGAGUGGACAGAUAAUCAUUACAGGACGCUUGCUCGCAUCAUUACAAAGCACGCUUGGCUUUACACAGAGAUGAUUGCUGCUCAAACUCUUGUUCACCAGCAGACCAAUUUGGACAGGUUCUUGGCGUUUUCUCCGCAGCAACAUCCUAUUGUUCUUCAACUUGGUGGGAGCAAUGUUGAAAGCCUUGCAAAAGCUGCUAAGCUUUCUCAUCCUUAUGGAUAUGACGAAAUUAAUCUCAACUGUGGAUGCCCUAGUCCUAAGGUAGCUGGACAUGGAUGCUUUGGUGUUACCCUCAUGCUCAACCCCAAGCUUGUUGGAGAGGCAAUGUCUGCCAUUGCUGAUAAUACCAACGUCCCUGUUACUGUGAAAUGCCGAAUUGGUGUAGACGAUCAUGAUUCAUAUGAUGAGCUCUGUGACUUUGUUUACAAGGUUUCUACUCUGUCACCAACCAAGCAUUUCAUUGUACAUUCACGCAAGGCACUACUUGGUGGGAUAAGCCCUGCUGAUAACCGGAGAAUCCCUCCUCUAAAGUACGAGUACUACUAUGCCCUUGUGCGUGACUUCCCGGACUUAAAAUUCACAAUUAAUGGAGGCAUUACUUCUGUAUCAACGGUAAACGCUGCACUGAAGGAAGGAGCUCAUGGAGUCAUGGUAGGCCGCGCUGCAUACAACAACCCAUGGCAGACUCUAGGACUCGUUGACACUACAGUUUAUGGUGUUCCAAGUAGUGGACUUACACGCCGACAGGUUCUUGAGCAAUAUCAAGUAUACGCAGAUUCUGUCUUAGGAACACAGGGAAAUGGGAGGCCUAAUGUGAGGGAUUUAGUGAAGCCUCUAUUAAACAUUUUCCACUCAGAGAUUGGAAAUAGCUUGUGGAAGCGAAGAGCAGACGCUGCUUUCAGAGAAUGCAAGACGGUUGGGGCUUUGCUAGAAGAAAGCUUGAAGGCCAUCCCGGACUCUGUCUUAGAUUCCCCUAUUUCUUUAAGUCCAGAGAUUGGAGAAGAUGAUGUGUUUGCUGAUGUACAGAAUGUAUUGCCGCCUCCCUACAAAGCUGUAGAACAAGUCAUGUUAUGUGCUUAGUUUGGAACACUAUGCCUCACAUAUUUUUUAGUCUAUUGUAUAACCUGUGUGUUAUCGAACAGAAUAUAUAAUAGUCAUUUUCUCUAUAUAAUAGGGCAAUUCUCUCAAAUAGCGUCG